UUGUGCGGGAAGUUGAUCGAAAUUAUAAAAAUUUUCUUUUUUCCGGUUAAGUGUAAUAAAAAAGUUAUUUUAAAUGUAAAAAGUGUUAUUAAAGUAAACAACUACAAGGCUUUUAGGACAUUUUUUAAGAAAAUCAAACAAAACUUUAGUAGAAAACUUAAAACCAAAUAGUGACGCCUUGUAUUGGUAAAAAAAAUAGAAAUUAAUUUCAAGAAAAAGUGUGUUAGUUUUUCACAAGCACUAUUAAAUCAAUAAAUUGCAAAGUGUUUGUUACAAAAUCUUCUUCAAAAGUUGUGUACAAAUUAUAGCUGGGAAAGUGUAAUAAUUUGCGCCAGCAUUGGCAUGCAAGGCAUAGGCAUUUAACACGCAAACGAAAUACAGCCAGCCAUUAAGUCAAUAAAAGAAAACAGCAACAACAUACAUAUCUCACAUAACGGCACUUAGUGCAGGACUAUUCUUGUUUUGUUGGCUUUCUUAUUAGAAAUGGCUGAAUUUUUAGAAAAUUUAUCUGCCGGAGCCAAAGAUUUAGCAGAAAAAGCUAAAAUCAAAAAUGCCGAACAAGCCAUUUUAACACCCAUGGCACAUUUAUUACUGCAAGAAAGCUCACCACAUGAUAUUUAUGUUUUAAAAUCCUCUGCUGCAAAAAUGGUGGCAAAAGAGCGUAUAAGGGUUUCAGAUCUUCUAACAUUACCCCAUAGCAUGAAAUGGUCUCGUUUAAGUUUUGGCUGCUCUGCCUUAGAUAAAUGUACCCGUGAUGGUAUUGUUACUCGUGGCAUUACAGAAUUUUGUGGCAUUUCUGGUGCCGGUAAAACUCAGCUUCUUUUACAAUUAUCCCUAACUGUACAGCUACCCCAAGAACUGGGUGGUUUAGCUGGUGGUGUUGCUUUCAUUUGUACUGAGAGUUCUUUUCCUUCGAAACGUUUAUUCGAAAUGUCUAAAACAUUUGCUCAACGCUAUCCCAAGUUAGAUAUUAACUAUUUGGCCAAUGUUCAUGUAGAACAUGUUUUGCAAAGCGAACAACUUUUAAAAUGUGUUUCCGAACGUUUGCCACCAUUGAUGUCGUCGUUACGUAUUGGCCUUAUUAUUAUUGACUCGGUGGCUGCUGUCUUUCGUACUUAUACAAAUUAUAUUGAGCGUGCUAAAGAUAUGCGUAAAUUGGCAAAUUAUUUACUACAUUUAGCUGAUAAAUACAAUUGUGCUGUCAUUUGUGUUAAUCAGGUAGCCACGAUCAGUGACAAACAGCCUGAAGUUCCAUGUUUAGGUCUAUCAUGGGCCCAUUUAGGUCGUACUCGUAUGCGUAUCACUAAAAUACCCAAACAAAUACAAUACAAUGAUAAACUUUUAACUGUACGUAAAUUAGAAAUUCUUUAUUCUCCCGAAACACCCAUAGAAUAUGCAGAAUUUCUAAUAACCCAACAAGGUAUUGUAGAUGUACCUUGUCUUAAAUAAAAACAAUUUUUCUUUUUCAAUUUCAAUUCAAUUUUGGCAUAUAUUUUAUGACUGUUUUUUUUGUUGUUGUUCUUUUUAUUGUUAAUUAAUAUUUAAAGCUAAACAUAAGUUUUGUACAAUUAAUAAGUUAAUGUGAAAUAUGCAUAUAGUUUAGAUUUUUAUUUAUUAUAAUAUUAUUAUUAUUAUUAUUUACAUACAUAGGUAGUUAUAAUUAAUAUUAGUUAUUGUUACAAAAAAUAGCUUAAAAGAGAAAGUUUUGUAUUUAUCUGUGUCGAAGGAUUUAAUUGAAAAAAAUAUACAAAUUUUCUUUUAUAAUAUUAUAUCUAUAAGUGUAAUGGUUAUUUCUUUUAUUGAACAGCUAAAAUUGAGCAUUUUUUCUUAUUUAUAUAUUAUAAAUGACUCAAAUUGUAAGGUUUUCUUUAAGGUCUGUUGCUCUAAAUACAAACGAACAUAUUUUUUCUGCAUUUCGAUUGUAAUUACGUUUUUGUAAGUUGUUGUUUAUGUGGCGGAGAGUCGCAUCGAAAUGCAGAAUACCAAAGUUGCCAAACGGAAAUGCAGAAUAGGAGCCAAUGUAUUCAUUUGCAUUUAGAGAGUAGCAUACCUUUAAUAUCUUAAAAUUAGUUAUUUUGUUAUGUAUAUACAUAUGUAUUUAAUAUGGUUUUAUGACUAUUUAGUUGUAUUACAUCGUAUACUUUUAAUUACAUUUUAUUUUAGAAUUUUUUUAAAAUAUUCAAUUUAUCACAUGAAACACUUCUUUUUAUUAUAUUUGAAAAUUUUUUAUCUUAAAAAAAAUCGUAGUAAUACUAUAUCUUAAGGAUUUAUUCUUAAACAACACAUUUUUUAACGUCCUAACAAUUUUCUGUUUCAAUUUAAUAAAUUUCUUUUCUAAAUCAAA